CAAUGCAUCGUCACCAUCACUGCUCUGUUGAGAGUUAGCGGCGGGAGCUUGUGUUGUUCUGUAUAAAAGCCAAGCGUCAAGAGUACAAAAUAGUUGGCAGUUCAACUGACUUCACGUUAAAGGAGACACGCGACGUCAAAACUGGCCCCUCCACUGCCCGUCACCAUGCCCGCACUGCUGGAGAGACCCAAGCUGUCCAACGCGAUGGCCCGAGCGCUCCACAAGCACAUCAUGAGGGAGCGAGAGCGCAAGAGACAAGAGGAAGAGGAAGUGGACAAGAUGAUGGAGCAGAAGAUGAAGGAGGAGGAGGAGAGGAAGAGGACCAAAGAGAUCGAGGAGAGGAUGUCCUUGGAGGAAACCAAGGAGCAGGUGAUGAAGAUGGGCGAAAAGCUUCAGGGGCUCCAAGAGGAGAAACAUCAGCUCUUCUUGCAACUCAAGAAAGUUCUCCACGAAGAAGAGAAAAGACGCCGGAAGGAGCAGAGCGACAUCACCACCUUGACGUCGGCCAGCUACCAGGCCGGUCUUCCCAUGCACGCGGGCCAGCACCUCCUCAGCAUUCAGGGUGAGUCGCUCCGGAAAGUCACCGCAAGGCGGCGCAAAAUGUUAACGUCGCCGCUCGAACGCAGGCAGCCCCGUCAGCCACAGUCGACCCGGCGCCCUGCUCGGAGAUCGGAGCAAGCAGCUUUUCCAGAGCGCUGUUCUUCCCACGCGCCACUAUCAGGCGCCCGCGUUCAGUUCGGCUUCGGCAGAGCACGGCCAAUUCGGCGGGGCGCAGGGGGUCCACGAGUCCUACGGGGUGGCCCAAGCCCAGCAUCCCGCCGCCUACGCCGCCGGACCGUCCGUCCCGGUCAGCUUCGCCGGCGGUUCUCAGAUCAGAGGAGCGUCCGCCUUCCAGGCCAUGCAGUACCUGCCCCACCAGCAGCCUGCCUACCCGGUCCACGGUCACUUCACCUCCCAGCCCGGGUACAUCCCGGGGGCCGGAAUCCCCCUCCAGAAGCAGCUGGAACACGCCAAUCAGCAGUCGGGCUUCACCGACGCGGGCGCCCUGAGGCCCAUGCACCCGCCCGCCAUGCAUCCCUCAACUCAAGGCUUGCUGCCCGCGCCGACCAUGGCCGUCCAGAUUCCCGGCGCAAAGGCUGCGUUCCAGAACUCGCCGCAGGCGGCGCCGCGUCACAGCUUCCUGCCCCACGGCCAGAGCGGCCAGAGGUUUUACCACCACGGCAAGUGAGCCGUCCUGGCAUUUCCUGCUCUCGGCUUGAGUUCACCCGUGGGACGAUGGUUGGAUCCUUUUUUUUUUUUUUUUUUUUUUUUCCCCUCCCCUCCCCUCAUCCGUGUUGUUGAUUGUAAGUUUAUGUACAGCAUAUGUUCACGUUAUGACGUAUAUUCUAUUUACAGCUUUUACUGUUUGUUGCUUAAUAAAAUGUUG